UGGAAGGUUAUAACACUAAUAGUAUUGCUUUAGUUAUAUGUUCUUAUAUGAAAUUUUACUAUUAAACCAGUAAAGAUUUUUAUUAAUUCAACACAAUAUGAAUCAAGCAGAUUUAUCUAAGCUAGUUUCCAAGUUACGAAUUAAUAUUAGACCCAGACAUUAUAACUUAAAAAAUCCUAAAGGGCCUGAAGGAAGACUAGAAAGAUUGAGAAUUGUGGUUACUGGUCUGAUAAAACAUGAAAGAAUUCAGUUAAACUAUAGAGUAGCAGAUGAAGCAAGGGGCUAUGCAGAAAGACUCAUUUCUGAAGCUAUCAGGUAUGGUGAUUGCCAUGCACCAACAAUGGAAAUAGCCGAUUAUUGGCUUACAGAAAAGCAACUAAUUCAUAAACUGUUCAAAGUUCUUGUUCCAAGAUUUCAUGAAUGCAACAUGUCCUAUACCAAGCUUCUGAGGUUAUCAACAGACCAUGAAUUAACACGUAUGCAAGGUGUUUUAGAACUUAGAGGAAAUCCGUACCCACCAUUAAUAAAGGAUUUAUCUCGUAAUAGAAAUCUCCUUCACAACGUUUUGUUAGAUGCUGCUAGAAAAGAUUAUCGUCAUGAACAAUAUUUAAGAAUUGCUCAAGGAAUGUCAAGUGAAGGAAAGAAAAGUAAUGAAGAAACCAUUACAGGUAAUAUUGAAGAUAAAGAUAAAAAUGAAAAAGCGUAGAUAACUUUGAUUCUGAAUUAAUAGCUUGUAAAUAAUUGUUUUUUGUAUAUAUUUGUAUUGUAAAUAAAGUAUUGUUGAU